GAGGAGAGACAGUGUGAGGAACCACUUUCAUCAACCUAUUAUAAUCAAAUGCAUCCUCAUACAGGGCUUUCUUAAUAUGAGGGUUAAAGUGGUGUUUUUCAACCUUUUCUAUCUAUGGUGCACUUGAACCUAUAGUUAAACUUCCACAGCACACUUAAAUUAUAUUUAUCAAAAAUAAAAAAGUUAAACUAUACUUAACUAUGCUUUGAACUUCUUUCGAAAACAAUGUACUCUAUAAAAACUCUGAGGCAUGGCUUGGUGCCCGUAGCACAGUGGUUAUGGCGCCAGCCACAUACACUGCGGGUGGCGGGUUUGAACCUGGCCCAGGCCAGCUAAACAACUCCAACAACAACAAAAAAUAGCCGAGUGUUGUGGCAGGCGCCUGUAGUCCUAGCUACUUGGGAGGCUGAGGCAAGAGAAGAGCUUAAGCCCAAGAGUUGGAGAUUGCUGUGAGCUGUGACCCUACUGCAAUCUACCUAGGGUGACAUAGUGAGACUGUCUCAAAAAAAAAAAAAAAAAAAAAUAAUAAAAGCUCUGAGGCACACAGUUGAAAUCACUGGUCUAAACAGGGAACUGAGCCCUAGCUUACAGAGUGACUGAAAAGUCGCACUAUAUUUCAUCCCAAACUUUUACCUGUUACUUUAUGGGGUGGAGUAUAAAAGCUGUGUAUUUUGCAGAAACAGUAUGUCUCUAAACUGAAGUAACAUUAUCUAAAACUGUUAUAAAACAAAAGUUCAGUUUCACUCUCAAGAAGACUCUCCAGGCAUGACCACAGAUUAUAUCCUGGGUUCCAGUACUGGAGGCUCCCUUGCUUUCUGACAAACUGCACUGGCUGUAUUACGAAUAGGAAAGAAAACCCUCCAGCUCGGCUGGCCUUUGGCUUCCAGUGCGCGGGGCGCGAGGCAGCGUGGACAGCGGCUCCAGCAUCUACCACCUGGCCGUCAGCAGCAGUGCCUUUGCUCACUCCGAGGCCUCCGGCCGCCGCCGCAACCCAGCGAACGGCCCAGAUGCAGGCCAUCAAGUAUGUGGUGGUCAGAGACGGAGCUGUGGGUAAAACUUGCCAACUGAUCAGUUAUACAACCAAUGCAUUUCCUGGAGAAUAUAUCCCUACUGUCUUUGACAAUUAUUCUGCCAAUGUUAUGGCAGAUGGAAAACUGGAGAAUCUGGGCUUAUGGGAUACAGCUGGACAAGAAGAUUAUGACAGAUUACGCCCUCUAUCCUAUCCACAAACAGAUGUAUUCUUAAUUUGUUUUUCCCUUGUGAGUCCUGCAUCAUUUGAAAAUGUCCGUGCAAAGUGGUAUCCAGAAGUGCAACACCAUUGUCCCAAUACUCCCAUCAUCCUUGUGGGAACUAAACUUGAUCUUAGGGAUGAUAAAGACAUGAUUGAGAAGCUGAAAGAGAAGAAGCUGACUCCUAUCACCUAUCCACAGGGUUUAGCCAUGGCUAAAGAGAUUGGUGCUAUAAAAUACCUGGAGUGCUCGGCUUUCACACAGCGGGGCCUCAAGACAGUGUUUGAUGAAGCUAUCCGAGCAGUUCUCUAUCCACCACCGGUCAAGAAGAGGAAUAGAAAAUGCCUGCUGUUGUAAACGUCUGAGUCCCUUGUUUUUGGUCCUGUCCCUUGGAACCUUUGCACGCUUUGCUCAAAAAAUGGUGGAGCCUUUGCACUGAAUGCCAAGUUUUUGUUACAGAUUAAUUUUUCCAUAAAACCAUUUUGAACCAAUCAGUAAUUUUAAAGUUUUGUUUGUUCUAAAUGUAAGAGUUUAGACUCACAUUUUAUUAAAAUUUAGCCCUAAAAUAGCAAGCCUUCUUAAAGACUUAUUUUUUGUAAAGCCCUUGUUCUUGCUCAGAAUAAGAGUUGCCAAAAUACCUUCUGAACUAAGUUGCAUUGUUGCACUAUGAACACUAAGCACUAAACUGUUUAAAGACCUUUGUCUUUAAGAAGACUGAAAUUAAAAAAAAAAAAAGAAGACUGAAAUUAGGAGAUGUAUACACUUUCUAAGUAGUUUUCAGAUAUGUAAAGCAAGUCAGCCUCUUUAAGGAAAUGUUGCCAUUUAAUGCAUCAAUAAUUUAUCAGCCCACAUUCAACACAUAACAUUGUACUGUAUAUCAUAAUGGAAUGGGUAUAACACCUCUUUGGAUCAGUCUUUUUGAUUUCAUAGUGAAUUUUUAAAAAAGAUAGUUGAUCAGCUUUUGCUGAGUUUGAACAGAACUCUUUACUCACGUUUUUCCUCUAAUGAAGUAUUCUGCUCUUAGUUGUGGGUGUGCUGGGUGGAGUGUGUAAAACAUUUAACAUGAUCAAAGGAUGAAGACAGUAUUUUGACAAAAUAAGAAGUAGGGAUUAAUUUACACUACAUUAUACAAGAAAUAAACUGAAUAAAAGUGUCACAGGUACAAAUUUAAAAGGUUAAUUUCUUUUAAAUGCAGAUGAUAAAGUUGGUAUUAUCAGUGUUUUCUUAAGAUUUUCCUGUCUUACACUUGCCAUCCCUCUCAAAAUUGGGCAUUUAAUUCAUCUUUGAACUGAUUAUUCUCUUAGUUGCUUAGUGUUUUUCUAUAGAAUUCCUUGUUAAUGAGCAAUGUGCCUCCUUGUAUUAUAAAUCUUUCUAAUACUGCAUUAGUUUUUUUGUAGAUUAGUAAAACUGCUUUCCUGUUUUCAUGUUAAUCAGAGCUAAUAAGUGCUUUUCUUAGUUUUCUAGUAUCUAGGUGUAAAAAUCAUGUGUUGCAGCUUUAUAGUUUAAAAAAUAUUUUAGAUAUUCUUAAACUUUGAGCCUUCCUAAUGUCAGAUUACUAACUGUCACUUGACUAAACUGCCCCUAUCUACCUCACCCACACGGACACAUGCUUCCUGUAAUUGCUUUGCCUGACAAUGUUACUUGAGUAUGUGAGGCUCUGUAAACUGUGCUAGUGCUAACAACGUUCUGUACAACUUAACUAUGGCAAGAAUACAAUGUUGGACCUUUCAACCACUAGAACAAAAAUUUUUAAAUUGACAGUUGCAGAAUUGUGGAAUGUUUUUACAUUGAUCUUUUGCUAAUUCAAUUAGCACUGUUUUGCAUGUAUGACUUAAUAAAUCCUUGAAUCAUUAAAAAAAAAAAAAACCUCUAGCUCUCUCAGGUCUAACUUUUGUGUUAUUUUCC